AUGUCUGAGCCGUCAAAAGUUAUCCACGUUCGCAACGUCGGGCACGAGAUCUCCGAGGUGAGUGCUUUCUUCCCCUUUUCAUUGUUUCACUCGACUACCUGACGAGUUUGUAACGUCGUUGUGUUUCCCACAUCCUUCUCUUGUGUUAGAAUGAUCUGCUCCAGCUGGUUCAGCCUUUUGGCGUUGUUACGAAGCUAGUGAUGCUGCGGGCUAAGAAUCAGGUUAACCAUUCUGUCGCUCAUUUCUACGAUUCUGACUUUCUGAUAUACGUGGUCUUGCGGUAUACUUUCUCUCAGCUGACCCGAAUAGCUUCCAACCAACACAGGCUCUUCUACAGAUGCAUGAUGUAGCCUCUGCUGCGACAGCGCUGCAAUAUUACACAAACUUGCAGCCCAAUAUUAGGUAUGUCACGUUCCUCUGGCAAUAGCAUGCUUUACGUGCUUAUCUAUUGCCUCCAUUUGUUUUCAUAUCAUGGAAUCCUCUUAAAGGGAACAGUUAUAUACUCGAGGGAAGAAUCCAUUGUUUGCAUUUAAUUUCCCUCCCUUCGUUGUUAUGCGCCACAGUGGAUAUCAAAAAAAAUAAAUCAGGACCUAGCUUAUAGCUUCUAGUAAUUUCACUUGUAAUUUUCAUCAUUUUGGUUCUCCCUUCAGAAAGCUUUCGUUAUCAUCAAUGGUCAAGGAGCCUGACCUUGUUGAGACUACAUGAAUGAUGGUUUUCCAGUUUGAUUCUGUGAAAAAACGAAUAAGGUUACCUACAUUCUCUUAAUGUUCCCUUUUACGAUAUUCUCACACCCCCAAAAACUAUGGCGUGUCCCCAUCCCAUUAUUUUGGUGUCAUUUUUUCAUAAAUGGGUAAUUUUCAAAGUCGUAAAUAUGCUGAGGAAGUGACUGAGUAUUAGAAGCACGCUGUAAUCAUCCGGGUUGCAUCAUGUCCAAAAUUUUUCGGUAUUUUAUGAGUAAACUCACUUUGCUGUCUUUACAGGGGACGAAAUGUGUACAUGCAAUUCUCUUCUCAUCAAGAACUGACAACAAUUGAUCAGAACUCACAAGGAAGCAAAGACCAGGUUGGUAUCUCAUUAAUUCUAUCAUUCUUCCUGCCUCAGAAAAUAUGUUCACAAUUUGCUAGUUUUUUUUGUGCCACAAUUAAGCUUCAUGUCUAACAAAGCUCGGAUUUUAUUUGAAGAAUGUUGUGUAGACGAUUCGAAUUUAUGCAUAUUUAGAAAUUUCUUACAAUUUUUGAAUGGUCGGUAUUUAGGUUGCUAGAAAAACACUUUGUUAGCUUUCCUGUUUACAGAAGACAUAGUAUUAUUGUCGUCACGGAGAAUUUUUCUUAUGAUAUGAAUUUGAGAUGUCAAGCUCGAUGACUGAGCGAGAGAUGAACAUUGUAUUCUUCGUUACCUAUCUAAAAUAUGCAAAGUGCUGAAGCAAUCACCGUUUUUCUUUUUUUCUUACAUUUUACGUCGAAUGGUCUUUGGAGAAUCCCGACCUCUUGUUUUCCUUUUUUCUAUGGGGUCUUGCAUGAACAAUGGCAGAAAGCAUGAGAGUGUUAGGAGCAGGCUUCCAUCUCCUUGCUAAGUUUUGUAGUCGGACCUUCCGAGGAGGUUCUGCCAAUGGACUUGACCAGACAUGGGAAACUUUUGGACCUCUGACUAUUUCUCAAACAUGACAUUCAUAAGCUUUGGGGAAUAGAGGGAAGAAAGAAAGUAAGAAGAAAGAGAGAGGUUUGAAUGAAAGUGUUUGAUGUCACGACUCUUUACUUUUUGUCAAGAACGUUAUCUUUGGUGCCUAUUGUGUUCUUUCCACAGAUAGCUGUAAAUGAUGGUUCCGUCUUUUGCUCCACUCUUGGCAAUAUUAUUUUCACUGUGAGAUUCGUAACAUCACACGUGAACUUUCUCUUUGAAAAUGGUUGUACAUAGAGAAGUAGUUUAUGGAGUUAAUGCGCUGCACAUUUAUGUGAGGCAGAGAGAGAGAGAGGCCACGAAAGAGUUCUCGUGCUGGUUAACAUAAAUGGACGCCUUUGUGUUACAUCAAUCAGUAGUGUAGGCUUCCGUUACACCCUGUUACUCCGACUAUGAUCAAGUCCUUGUAAUUACGUGGUUGGUUUGCAGUUUUGCAAGGUUUUUUUAAGAGGUUUAGACAAGUCGUGACUUAUUGGAAAUCAGUAAGAUUAACUAUAUUUAUAUGUGUCUGUAGUUAAUGUUUAAUAAUCUCUUCUUCUUUUUUGUUAAUCGUAAAUUUGCUUAUAUUUCUGCGUACACUAGAACACGGCUUAAAAUGAAUAGCUCAUAGAAGAGGGCUAUUUUAGGAAAAAAAACUCAAAUAGAAUUGCAGAUUGAUAAGAGAGAUCUGACAAACUUAGGUUGUAAAUAAAUAAUUUUUCGUUUAUGCUAUUUAUACCUGAUGAUUGUUCACUUAGCAUGCUGUGGAAUCUGCAUCUCUUUUUUCCAUUUUCUUCUUUUAUAGUUAUGUACCAGUGGUGUUUAUGAAUUCUCCCUCGUUCUGUAGCUCUUUCUUCAUCUUUCAAUAUUCAUUCUUCUCUAUUUAUUCUCUCUCUUCCUUCUGUCUCUAUGCUGGUCUGCUGUUCGGCAUUCAGGAUUCGCAACCCAACCGAAUCCUCUUAGUUACCAUUCAUCACAUGCUCUAUCCUAUAACCGUGGAAGUGCUGCAUCAAGUUUUUUCUCCUCAUGGAUUUGUGGAGAAGAUCGUCACAUUUCAGAAGUCCGCUGGUCAGCACCUUCAAGUCUUCUCUCUCUACACUUCUCAAUUAAUUAGUCUAUUAGUUUUAGAAUUCGAUGGAUCGAUUUCUCCCUUUCCUUAUUCCCUUGGCUUUUUAUAUCAUGUUUGUAUUACAUUUCUCUCUUAAGAUAUCUUCCAUUUUUUAGUGGAGAGUGGGAAACAUUCAUCUCCUGUGUAUCAUUUGGUUAUCUAUAUCUGCCUAUCUCACAGAACAAAGCCAUAGUUGUUUUGAAAUUUUUUUUCUGCUUUUGCAGGAUUUCAAGCUCUUAUACAGUAUCAGUCACGUCAUAGUGCAGUUCAAGGAAGAGACACCUUACAAGUGCGUAUACCACUUUUCCAUUUAUCCUUUUUCUUUGGGGGGGGGGGGGGUAUGAACACAGCGCCAUCUCUUCAACGUGGGCAAAUUAAUUGACUGGUGGGUUUCAUUCUCUCCAUAGGGGCGUAACAUUUAUGAUGGCUGCUGCCAGCUUGAUAUCCAGUUCUCCAAGUAUGCUUUGAAGACCGCACUCUUCAUCGUCUCACUAGUCCAACUAUCCUGUUUUUUAACUGGUUUACUGGUCUGCAUCUUUUGUUCAGCCUCAACGAGUUACAAGUGAAUUACAACAAUGAGAGAUCCAGGUGAGUAUAGAGUCACUGUACAGAUUGAACUUUCCAUGUUAGCAUGGGGUAACCCAGCGAUUUUCCUAUCUGCUUCCAGAGAUUUCACAAAUCCCUCCUUGCCUUCUGAAAACAAGACCAGAGCCUCGCAGGUAAGUGUGGCUUCUUCCCCGUCAACGAUCUGAAUUGAUUUCAUCGAGCAUUAUUAUUCUGAACAUCAGCUCGCCGAUUUCUAUCUUUUGAUUGUUCUACUAAAUAUUUUUUCUUGAUGAUACCAAUUUUAUGCUUUUAACAGUCGGGUUAUGGUGAUGCCGCUGGCAUUUAUGGCCUUCAGCCGCCAGGAGCUAGAGGAGGUAACUCUCUCUCUCUCUCUCAUAAUUUGAAAACAUUUCCCACAUGAUCGCUGACGUCUGCGUUUCUUUUUCCUUUAUGUUUGUCGCUUCAGUUCCAUUUCCACAGGUGGGUCUUGCUCAGCCAAUGGGACUGGGCUUCGCUCAGGUUGUUAAUUUUUUUCCUCAAUUUUUCUACUCAAUACUUUCUAGUGAGAGGUCUGUACCACAAAACCUUUUUUUUCCCUCUAUUCUCUCUCUAGCGCGGUUCCCAAAAAUGGCUUCACCUAAAUCGCCCAACAUCCCCCAUCUGCUCUCCAGCCCAUCAUCCUUCUACUGCUCUCCCUCAUAUACUCUCCUGUGCUGUUAGAUGGGCAACCCUGCAGCCAUUGCCGCCGCAUUCGGCGGAGGUCUCCCUCCCGGCGUUACCGGCACCAACGACCGCUGCACCAUCCUCGUCUCCAAUCUAAACCCAGAAGUGAGACAAUAUUACCCCUUUUAUUUAUUUAUUAACUCAGGUUUAUUAAAUCCGAUAUGAUCUUCCUUCUUCUUCGCUCUCCUCAAUCUCUAGAAAACAGACGAGGACAGACUCUUCAACCUCUUCUCCAUCUACGGCAACAUCAUAAGAAUCAAGCUCCUGCGCAACAAGCCCGAUCAUGCUCUCAUUCAAAUGGGCGACGGGUUCCAGGCCGAACUGGCCGUCCACUUCCUGAAGGUGAUUAUAUAUAUAUAUAUAUAGAUAUAUAUAUAUAUAUAUAUAUAUAUGUGUGUGUGUGUGUGUGUAUGUGUGUAUGUAUGUAUGGUUGGUGAGGGGGAUUGAAUUAUUUGAAUAUGGUUGGUUGGUUGCAGGGGGCAAUGCUGUUCGGGAAGAGGCUUGAGGUGAACUUCUCCAAGCAUCCGAACAUCACGGCGGCGCAGGACACGCACGAGUAUUCGGGGUCGAGCCUGAACCGGUUCAACCGGAACGCCGUGAAGAACUACCGCUACUGCUGCGCGCCGACGAAGAUGAUCCACCUGUCGUCCCUCCCGCAGGACAUUGUGGAGGACGAGAUCGUGACCCACCUGGAAGAACACGGCACCAUCCUCGGCACGAAGCUCUUCGAGGUCAGCGGCAAGAAGCAGGCGCUGGUCCUCUUCGAGACCGAGGAGCAGGCCACGGAGGCCCUCGUCUGCAAGCACGCCUCCGCCAUCGACGGCGCCACCGUCCGGAUCUCCUUCUCACAGUUGCAGAGCAUCUAG